UGGGUCCCUGGCUCUGUGUGUGUCUCUUUCCCUGCUCCUCCUCUUCUAAUUCCCCCAGCCGAGAGGAGGGAAACCAGAGAGAGAACAAAUUACUGGGCAACUUCUCUCGAGCUCUAAGGUGUUUUCCCCCUUGCUUCCUUUCCUUUCUCUCGUUCUUAUUCCCCCUCUCUCUUUUAUCUUUCCUCCUCCUCCUCCUCCUUGGUACAAUUUUAAUUGCACCCCCCCUUUUGAAGGCGGGGUGGUAUAAGUGCUCCCCCCCUCUUUCUUGGCACCUGGGACCCGCAGAUGCAAAUCACACGCUCCUCUCCUCUCUCUCUCUAGAAGUUGUAGCCACCAAGUUUUAAAGCCUAUAAAGAAUAAGCGAGGAGGAAGAAGGAGAGAAGGAAAGAGAGAGCGAGUGUGUGAGGGAUCCAAAGCGGGAAAGAAGAACACCCUGUGCGGAGCGAGAGCCUGGGUACAUCAGCCACUCUCUCACUCCUCCUAAAGUGAAGCAGCAACUUUACAACUGAUUUGCACCUGUUUGAACAGCUCCAGCUAGAGAGGCGACGACAGCAGCAGCAGCGGCAGGAGAAGCAGCAGCAGCAGCGGCAGCAGCAGCGGCAGCAGCAGCAGCAGCAGCAGCAGCAGGAGCAAAGAAACACCAUCCCCUGAGCCAAGUGGUUUUUGCACGAGGAAAAAGUUUUACCUGCAAUUCUUAUAGCCGCUGCAUGUGUGCUUGGUUUUUGUUUUCUUGCGUUUUUGCUUCGUUUUUCACUCUCUAAAUUUUCUCAUUAAUAACCAUAGGAUCUUAAAAAAAUUUUUUUUUUUACAUCUCUCCAUUUUUGAUCACCUCUCUGUCUUCCUGGUCCUCUAUGCUUCACGCCUUUUUCUUCUGGUGUUGGUGAACACUAAAAGCCGCUUGAAUGUACAGCAUGAUGAUGGAAACGGACUUGCAUUCCCCGGGUGGGGCCCAGGCCCCCACGAACCUAACGGGCCAGACCGGGGCUGGCGGAGGAGGCGGGGGCGGCGGCGGCGGAGGAGGAGGAGGAGGAGGCAGCAACAAGGCCAACCAGGAUCGGGUCAAACGGCCCAUGAACGCUUUCAUGGUAUGGUCCCGGGGCCAGCGGCGCAAGAUGGCCCAGGAAAACCCUAAGAUGCACAACUCCGAGAUCAGCAAGCGGCUGGGGGCCGAGUGGAAAGUCAUGUCCGAGGCAGAGAAGCGCCCUUUCAUCGACGAGGCGAAGCGUCUACGGGCUCUGCACAUGAAGGAGCACCCGGAUUAUAAAUACCGGCCUCGGCGAAAAACCAAGACCCUACUCAAAAAGGACAAGUACUCGCUGGCCGGGGGCUUGCUGACGGCUGGAGCCGGAGGUGGGGGCCCGGCGGUCGGGGUGGGCAUGGGAGUGGGAGUGAGCCCUGCAGGGGUGGGCCAGCGGCUGGAAAGUCCCGGAGGCACGGCGAGUGGGGGCUAUGCGCACAUGAACGGCUGGGCCAACGGAGCUUACCCGGGCUCGGUGGCGGCGGCGGCUGCCGCGGCGGCGAUGAUGCAGGAAGCGCAGCUCGCUUACAGCCAACACCCGGGCGCUGGGGGAGCGCACCAUCAUCCACAUGCGCACCCCCACCACCCCCACCACCCUCACAACCCGCAGCCUAUGCACCGCUACGACAUGGGCGCACUUCAAUACAGCCCCAUCUCCAAUUCCCAGGGCUACAUGAGCGCCUCGCCCUCGGGCUACGGGGGCCUCUCCUAUGGCGCCGCGGCUGCCGCAGCCGCUGCCGCGGGCGGCCCACACCAGAACUCGGCUGUGGCGGCAGCGGCAGCUGCGGCGGCCGCGUCGUCGGGCGCCUUAGGCGCGCUGGGUUCUCUGGUUAAAUCCGAGCCGAGUGUCAGCCCUCCGGUCACCUCGCACUCGCGGGCUCCAUGCCCCGGGGACCUGCGCGAGAUGAUAAGCAUGUACUUACCCGCCGGGGAAGGAGGAGACCCCGCUGCCGCGUCGGCGGCAGCGGCAGCCGCGGCGGCGGCUCAGAGCCGGCUACAUUCCCUGCCCCAACACUACCAGAGCGCCAGCACUGGAGUCAAUGGCACUGUCCCCUUGACACACAUCUAGUUUCAGAGACUGCGAGCGAGCAAGCUGCCGCGCGCUAGAAUGAGUUAGAGAGCGAGCGAGAGAGACUGGCAAAGAAAAAAAAAAAACCUUACAUUGCAACAAACACACAGCAAACAACAAACUUGUACCUCUGCGAUGGGACUGUCGCUCCCCACCCCACCCCACCCCCACUCACAGCCCUGUUCCCCUCCCUCCCCUUACCUCCGAAAUUCGCUUUUCCUCCCCCCACCACCGCCGCCGCUGCCACCACCUGGACUUUCCUUUUUGUACAGAAUGUUUUGAUGUUCUUGUAAAAAAAAAAACAAACAACCCGAUAAUAUUAAUAAUGAGGAAAAGAAGGUAACAGUUGCUCUAUUUACCUUUUUAGAAGCUCCCGGGAACUAGUUAUUGAGACUAGUUUUGCGUUUUAGACUGAACUUCGGUGUUUUAUUGAGACUUUUUGUACAGUAUUUAUCAUUCAUUGAGAAGGCAUAUAGCGUUUUAUUUGCUAAAGAGGGAAAAAAAAGCAGACAAAGAUAUGGGCGAUGCCAACUUUUAUAUAACCGCUGAAGCAUUAACUUAUCCUUGCAUCGGUUCCUUAUGGCGCUUUAUUGCCUAAGAUAGAGUGAUGGGGGACAAUUCUCAUUUGUUACAGUUGUAGUAAAGCAACUCCGAACCACACGUUAAAGUUUUUUUUUGUUGUUUUUUGUUGUUUUUUUUUGGUAGCUGUUACCGCUUUUUUCUGUUUAUUUAUAUAAAGAGACAUCCCCCCUCUUUUUUUUUUCGGACUGCGAUGUUAUGUUCUGGUUUUUGUAAAACUUUCUGUAUCUGAGAUCUUCCCCCUUUUUUUGUUUUGUAUGAUUUCUUGUAAAUGCAUUGUGAUUUUUUUUUAUUUAGGCGUUUGGGAGGGGGAGGAUUCAGAUUGUGUACAUAGUUUACUAAGAAGCCUUUCUGCUAAAAAAAAAAAAAGGAGAGAGAAAGAAAAACCUCAAAACCUCCCCUCCCCUGGAUUUUGAGUUAAUAAAUUUUUAAGUGAAAAAUGUUUUUUUUCUCCACUAAAUUUGAGAUGUAUUAAUUUUAAUCAUAUGUAUAAACACCCUGAAAAAUCAUUGGUAAAUCUGGAGGGGGAAGGAGAGAGAAGUUAAUCUGGGUGAGCCGAGAAUAACAGAAACCGUCCCCCUUCCCCGCCCUGAAUUGGAGGGGGCAUUUCUAAUAGUCAAUAUCGUAUGUAAGAGGAGAAAGUGAAAAAUCAGUGAGGCUUGGGUUUUCCACGGAGAUUAUUUUUAAUAUCUAUUAAGUGUUGUUAAGGAAGGCAAAAUAUUAAAAAAAAAAUAUUUCCAUAGUCUGGCCCAUUCGUUUGCUUGUUUUAUCUGUGGAAGGCAAUAUCUUGGUGUGAGUUUACUUGCUGUGAAGCUUUGCCGCCUUAAACUGGUAUAGGGUCCAGACUGCACUUCUGUGUGGAGGGGGCAGGAGGGGGGAGGGGGGGGAGGGGAAAGACCCCAGUGGCGGGACUGGGCCAGGGAUGGGGGACAAAGACAACGGCGGUGCACAUGUGCCCCUGUUCCCCCUGUAAUUAACACGAUUGCAAGCAGAACUGAUCUAUCUGGGUUUGGCUCACAGAAACACAAUCUCUGAACCAAAAAUAUACUCAAAUUGAGUCCCCUGGUCCCUGUUCUAUGUCCCUUCCCCCUCCUCUCCCUAUCCUUUGGGGAAGGGUGAAACAUUUUGUGGAACUUUCAAAAUAUUAAAAAAAAAAAAAAACAAACCUGCGUGAACUGGGAUGCAAGUUGUUAACAACCGGUGUGAAAGCUGUAAAGCUAAAUGCUGUGUUUGUUCUUAACAGGAUCCUUAAGGUUGUUUAAUGCUUUAAAAAAUGAAUUCUAUUUUUUCUAGGUGUUUAUCGGUACCUUGACAUUUUUCUCUGGAAUUAAAAGUUUUCUGUAAAACUUUGUCUACUAGUAAUUUGACAGCAUUAAAUAUUGCAUUUAAAAGUCAUACGGUAGCAAAUACAUUUGAAACUAGUUGUGAUAUUAAGAUAAAAUUAUAUUUAAAAGAACUUUUAAAGUCCAGAUUGGGAAAUAUGGGUUUCAGAAGCUCUAGGCCUUUCUCCCCUUCUCCACCCCCCGCGUCCCACUGAUUUCUCAGCUUGUUUACUUGGUGGCGAAAGAAUCCAUAUUUGGUCAGAUAUUAGUUGGGGGGAAGAAUCGGGAAAAGUCUGAGUUAGAAACUACACUUUAACGUCCUUCUUUGACCAUUGACGUGUGUCAGUCGUUGGAAUCACUCUGGAUCAUUUUGCUUACACUGCUCAAUUCUUAAAGUAAUUUGCGAAAUUUCCAUGGACCAUGUCUAUUGUUUUCUAACAAGGUAAUAAAAAUCUUUCUUUUUUCUUUUCUUUUCUUUUUUUAAAAGUAA